AUGAGCGUCUCUGCCGCUUCCUUGGCGCUGGUGCCCUCCGCCCUCAUCGUCGCCGGUACUUGGGCUUACGACCCUAACCUCCUCGUCUACGGUGUCGCGGCCGCUGGUGUCCUUGUUGCCGGCGCCUUCUUCGCUGGUGGUGGUAGCAGCGCACCACGCAAGGUCCUGAAACCCAGCGAGUUCCAGAACUUCGUACUCAAGGAGAAGACCGAGGUCUCGCACAAUGUCGCCAUCUACCGCUUCGCUCUCCCCCGUCCCACCGACAUCCUGGGACUCCCCAUCGGCCAGCACAUCUCUCUCGCCGCCACCAUCGAGGGCCAGCCCAAGGAAGUUGUGCGAUCCUACACCCCCAUCUCCUCCGACAAUGAGGCCGGCUACUUCGACCUGCUCGUGAAAGCCUAUGACCAGGGUAACAUCUCCAAGUACCUGACCACCCUGAAGAUCGGCGACACCCUGAAGGUACGCGGUCCCAAGGGCGCUAUGGUCUACACCCCCAACAUGAACCGCCACAUUGGCAUGAUCGCUGGUGGCACCGGUAUCACCCCCAUGCUGCAGGUGAUCGAGGCUAUUAUCCGUGGACGCCCCCGCAACGGCGGUACCGACAGGACCAAGGUCGAUCUCAUCUUCGCCAACGUCAACGAGGAAGAUAUUCUGCUCCGCGAGAAGCUUGACAAGCUCGCCGCGGAGGACGAGGACUUUAAUGUCUACUAUGUUCUCAACAACCCUCCCGAGGGCUGGACUGGAGGUGUUGGCUUCGUUACUGCUGAUAUGAUCAAGGAGCGCUUCCCUGGCCCAGCGCCCGAGAACAAGGUCCUGCUCUGCGGUCCUCCCCCUAUGAUUAGCGCUAUGAAGAAGGCUACCGAGUCCCUUGGCUACGCCAAGGCUCGUCCGGUCAGCAAGCUGGAGGAUCAGGUCUUCGCGUUCUAA